CUUUUUCUAGAAUUGAACUUGUUUAGAAAUACCUUUUCUAUUGAUAAUUAUUAUAUAUAUAUAAUUUUGAUAUAUGACACAAACAACUGAUGAUCCCUUGACAGCUGAAAAGGUCGCUCAUUACUUACCUUUCUCUGGUCAUGUCCCCAACAUUCCUGGUAGAAUUAUUAAUGUCACUCACCAAAUUCCAUACAACAUUUUGAAAUCUCAUGAUCAGCGACCUGAUAUCAUUCCUUUAUCACCACCACAAUCACCACCACAAACAACAAGUACUAGCUCUUCUGUCACCGUCACUUGUCCUUCUUAUACUCAUAAGGAAGAACAGAAUACUGUAAGUGGUUUAUCUUCAGCAGCUUUACUAUUACAAAAAAAACAACAAGAAGAUCCUGUUGCUGCUGCACCUGUCUCUAAAUUGGCUAGACAUCAUCAACGAGGUCAUACUCUACGUGUCAAGUUCCAUGCUGCUGAUUGGACUGUUGUACAGCGUCGUGGCCAUGCUGCUCUUUAUGCUGGUGUACAAAGCUUAUCAAAGGAUUAUGAAACAAUUCAUAUUGGUUGGACAGGUCCCAUUCGUGUUAAGGGUACAAAGCAAGAUGUACGUCACAUUUACCAAGACGAUAAGUUGAAAUUGGAAAAGUUAUUGUGGGACACCGAUCGUAUUAUUCCUAUCUUUUUGGACGAAAAAUCACAUGGUCACUACGAAGGGUAUUGCAAGGAAGUACUAUGGCCUCUUUUUCAUUAUAUUGUUUGGGCAAAUGCUACUGACGGUCGAUCUGAAAAGAAAUUCUGGGCAGAUUAUGUUGCUGUCAAUCAACAAUUUGCUGAUACAAUUGUGGCUAAUUAUCGUCCUGGAGAUAUCAUUUGCAUUCAUGAUUACCAUCUUUUACUUGUACCAGAAAUGAUCCGUGCUAAACUCCCGAAUGCCGUCAUUGGUUUGUUUUUCCAUGCCACUAUGCCAAGCUCUGAAAUUUUACGUUGUCUUACAACUCGAAAUGAUAUUCUGCGGGGUAUGUUAGGUAGUACUUUGGUUGGUUUCCAGACAUAUUCUUAUGCUCGUCACUUUAUUUCAUCAUGUACUCGUGUUCUUGGAUGUGAAUCAACUCAAGUCGGUGUUAAUCACAAUGGUCAUCUCGUGGCGGUUGGUGCCUUUCCAAUCGGUAUUGAUUCUGAUCGAGUUCAUUCUUAUUGUCAACAACCUGGAGUUGAACCAAAAAUGGCAGCUAUCCGUGAAAUGUAUGCUGGAAAGAAAAUCAUCAUUGGACGAGAUAAGCUUGACUCAACAAAGGGUGUACUUCAAAAGUUACAUGCAUUUGAACAAUUUUUACAUCGUUAUCCAGAAUGGAAAAACAAGGUGGUCUUGAUUCAAGUGGCAACUCCAACUUAUGGUGACCAUGGGAAAUUGGAAACGAAAAUCUCUGAAGCUGUCAGUCAUAUCAACAGUACUUUUGGUUCUUUGGAAUUUACACCAGUUCAUUAUUAUCAUCAAGAUGUGGAUCGUGAAGAAUAUUACGCUUUAUUGUCAGUAGCGGAUGUGGGAUUAAUUACUUGUAUUCGUGAUGGAAUGAAUACAACUUCAUUUGAAUUUAUUAUUUGUCAACACAAGACUCAUAGUCCCUUGAUUCUCUCUGAAUUUGCUGGUACCGCAGGUUCUCUCAGUGCUGCUAUGUUGGUCAAUCCUUGGGAUUAUGCUGGUGUGGCCAAAGCUAUCAAUGAUGCAUUACUUAUGUCACCUGAAGAUAAGUUGACUAGACAUAAACAACUUUAUCAACAUGUUACUAGCCAUACUGCAUCCUUCUGGGCUCACUCUUUUGUUACACAAUUGGUCAGUAUUAGUGAACAACAAUCACUUCAAUCACAUGCUACGCCUGCUCUUAAUGUUAACGCUUUGGUUACUGAAUAUACAAAAGCCAAAAAACGAUUGAUGUUUUUCGAUUAUGAUGGUACUUUGACUCCUAUAGUUUCCACUCCAAGUGAAGCCAAACCAUCACCAGAUAUGCUAGAAUGUUUACAAACACUAUGUAAUGACCCUAGAAACAUUGUAUGGGUUGUGUCUGGACGAGAUCAGAAAACAUUAGAAGAAUGGUUAGGUAGUGUACAAGGUCUUGGAUUCUCUGCAGAGCAUGGAUGUUAUCUCAAACCUCCCAAUAGUCAAGAAUGGACGAGUAUUGUUGAUGAUAUCGAUAUGAGUUGGAAACAAGAUGUGGCUGAAAUAUUUGCUUAUUAUACUGAACGUACGCAAGGCAGUUUUGUUGAACAUAAAAAAUCAUCCAUUACCUGGCAUUACAGAACUGCUGAUGCUACCUUUGGUGAAUUUCAAGCCAAAGAAUGUCAAAACCAUUUGGAAAAUGCCAUUGUCUCCAAAUUACCAGUGGAAAUCCUUGUUGGAAAGAAAAAUUUGGAAUGCCGGCCAUUGUCUACCAAUAAAGGAAAUAUCGUCAAGAGGAUAUUAUCUCAGCAUAUGGAUGUGGAUUUAGUGAUCUGUGCUGGGGAUGACAAGACAGACGAAGAUAUGUUUAGAAUGUUAAGUGCUGCUUAUCAUGCUUCACUUUACCAACGUACAAUCAAAGAAGGAUCCUCUCCUACUUCACCAACAACAUCAUCAUCCAUAUCACGCACUCCUCCAUCACCCACUUCAAGAAAAGCAUCAGGUCGACGAUCUUCCUCUGUAGCCUUUUCACCAACUGUUCCAUCCUGUUGGUCCGAUAUGCAUAUGUCUUUAUAUUCUAUUACUGUUGGUCCUCCUGAAAAGAAAACUUUGGCAAAUUGGCAUGUCCGAUCAAGUCAUGAUGUGGUGGAUUGUUUGAAGGAAUUAGCGCGAACUUAGUAUUUUUAUAGGAUAGUAUUAUACUCUUUAGACAUGCUAACGAUAGCGAUCUUAUAUUUUGAUUCCAUUUUACUACUUUUUUUUUUUAUUCAAUAAAAUAAUAAAAAAUAAAAAAAGUGUUUUUUAUAUUGUUUCUUUUUCC